UAGAUAAGUAAACCACAAACUUUGCUUAUCAACUUAGCUCUUCACGUGACCUCUUUAUCAUUCAAAGUAGUGACCUUCCUUUGACCUUUUGACCAAAUUGUGAUCACUUCCGCCCCUUGACAAAAAAAUACAGUCUCUCCUUUGGCGAGUAAGCUGUCGCGCCAGAGACGAACAGACAGUUCGGAAAACAGGUAGAAAUAGAUAUAAAAAUAGCAAUUUUCUAAAAAAGGGUUACUCGUCCCUUUCUAAGGGACGGGUUGCAAACAAACAUUUCUUCACUACGCGUGUCCUUCUGGCUACAUAAAGUUCAGUUCAAAGGUUCAUUGUCUGUCUGUUUACACAGCUGCUGAUUGGAUAUUUAUUUAGGUCUUCAAUUUGUAGUUGGUGGCGAGGAAAUCCUUACAUUUCAUAUUUAAAUACUAGGCCAGAAUGGGUCGAAUAUUCCUCGAGCACCCAGGUGGAAAUCGAUUAUUUUCCUGUGCUUCGUGCGACACCGUCCUCACCAAUCGUUCCGAACUGUUCAGCACUCGUUUCACGGGGGCCACUGGGCGCGCCUUCUUGUUCAGCAAAGUGGUCAACUUGACCUACAGGUGUGAGGUUCAGGAUCGCGUUAUGCUCACGGGUCGUCAUAUGGUGAGGGAUGUAUCGUGUAAAAAUUGCGAUACGAAGUUGGGCUGGAUUUAUGAAUUUGCGACGGAAGAAACGCAACGCUACAAGGAAGGAAAAGUAAUUUUGGAGAGGGCAUUGGUCACGGAGAGUGACGGGAUUGAGGAACGUGACCCCCCCGUUCCAGCCCCUGCUGCUGCCGCGCAACAGCAACAAUGAACACUAUCCUUAGUGUCAGCGCAGCAUACAUAUAUUGAUAAGUAACUACGUUGGUUCGAAUUUGGUACAUAUUUUGUAAAACUUGUUGAGCAGACUGUGCCCAAGUUUACGAACGACACGAUGAAUUGUACCAAUAUCCAUAUUGAUCACAUUUACCAAUUAAUUAAUUUACAUGUUAUGUUUACAAUGAUUCCUUGUUAUGCUUUAACGACAAAAAUAUAUCGUUUCAUCGAAAUACGAUACGGUAAACGACUUUAUUUUCCAAAUACUCGCUGUACAUAUUGAUUAGAAAGUUGCAAAUAAAGGUGUUCGUUUUAUAACCUUA